UCAAGUCGAACGCCUUCAUCUCUGGUCCUCCCUUUUCUUGUUUCUCUCUCUCCCUUCUCCUUCACCUCCAUUGCCAUUCCUCCCCUUCUCUCUUCCUUGAGAAGUGGUUUCCGCUCAGCCUCUUGUCUCAGUCAGUCCCCCCCCAAAAGAUCAGAGGACUACGGGAUCCCCAUCCCCCCCAGCAGCAGCAGCAGCAAUGAGCAGCAAAUACUCCAACGUCCGGUCCAGCGGCCGUGAGCAUAUCCCCUUGUAUCCCAAGGGCUUCAUCGCUCUCCGCAUCGUCCAGCUUAUCCUCUCGGUCGUGGUCCUGGGUCUGGACGCCUACGCGCUCAGCAUACUCAGCUUUGAUGCCACCCAGUUGAACAUUUUUACUGCCCUCUGGACCAUGAUCAUAGGCAUCUACUACCUCGUCGUCGAAGUAGGCGGCCACAGCGCCUGGAAGGGCUACAACUACUGGGCCGUCCUCACCCUCGACAUAUUCUCUCUCAUCUUCUGGCUCGUCUCGUUCGCGCUCAUGGCUGCCCGCGUGGCCCCUUUUGCCAACGGCUUCGAGGUCUGUGGCGUGCUGUACUGCGACUACGAGCCUCUCGAGGGAGAAUGGCUCACGCUAUUUGCGUCUAUGGCUGCCGUUGCUGGUCUUGGUGGUGUCGAGUUCAUCCUCUUCAUCGUCUCCCUCUCUAUCCACUCCGUCGUCCUCCACCGCCACCGCGACGCAGGCCUGCACUGCUCCCCUGGUGACGUCCCCCAGCAGCAGCAGCAGCAACAGAACGCCAUCCCCAUGGGCGGCCCUGUUCCUGCUGCAGAGAAGCCACAGCCGCAGUACGCCGCAGCCUCGGCACAGCCCAGCGUGGCCACACCCACGCCGCCUCCUGGGAUGCAGGGCCCUUAUCACCCUCCUGAGAUGGCGGGCCAGCACCAGCACCAGCAGCAGCAGGGCUACUACGGCCAGCAGCAGGUGGUGCAGCAGGGACACGGGCAGGUGGGACAUGGGGGUGCAUUCCCCGCUCCUCAGCAGGGUGGAUACUAAGACCGGAAAGCGGCAGGGUGCGGUCUUGAGGUGAUGAAGAAAGGAUCAGUCGAUGUGUCGGAGUGGGCGUGGUGAGACUGGGCGGUAAGGAUGGUGUGUUUUGGUGUGAGUCUGGUUGUCAGGCUUCGAUGGUAGAGAGAGGCGGGGAGAGAGAGUCGACCAGGCUGAGGCAUAAUGUAGGAAACACGACGACGAUGACGAUGACGACGCCUCGAGUUGGGUGGUGUCUGUUUCUCCUUUUUUUUUUUAUUUAUAACUUUUUGACCGAUCCAAUGAUACCAAUCGUUUUUCCAUGC